AACGACCUUCUUGCUGUUAGGCGACUGUGCUACCCACUGCGCCACCGUGAUACCCUAAUGCUAAACAUUGACACUAAAAUAAACAUUUCCAGGGUUAAUGAUAAACUUGUACUCAGACCAUAAAUGAAUGUGGGGCAGAUUCUAGGUCAGUUGAUGAAGAAACAAACUUGAUUCUGUUUGGAAAGUGAAAGGACGAUAUGCGAACAGAAAAAAAUGUCCAUGUCAUCCUGUGCAUCAGGCUGUAAAAACUCAUUGCUCAUUCAACCAAACAUUUUAAAUAAAAAAAGAGGAGUUUAACAGGAGAUGCGUAAUACAGAUUGAAUCAUAAAAUAACAUAAUAUUCCACACUGUGAUUGGAUGGAGUAGAUUUCUUUUUUGAGGGGGGUGUGGUUUGAGUCACUUUUGGCCUAUAAAUGUUUGAGACCUGGCAGCCUGAAGCUGAUUGACCAAACAAGCUCUUCUGAAAGAUUUUAGUUCCUCAGACAAGCCACUAAAGACCUGCUAAGAUUUUUUUUUUUACUUUAAAAUGUCUGCAAACCGACAAUUAUGUAACCUUGAAUUUCUUGAACAUGAUGAAGACACAUCUGGUACCAUUUAUACCAGAAAUCUGCGUAGAAAUAACCCUGAAACAGAUUUUUUUGUUUUAAGUGAUGUUGCUGAGAUUAAAAGGUCAAGAACUAAAACAGGAAAGCUCAUCAAACAUGAGAUUUCAAAAAAACCAAGUGCGCAAUUUGGAUCUGUUAGUGCUUCUGGAAGCGGUCUCAUAGGCAUGGCUGACACUGUUGACAGACCAGCAGACACCACUACAGAAGGUGUUUAUGUUAACACUGGUGCAUAUGCAACUGGUAGUGAAGAUGAACCAGGAAAGAGACUCCCCAAAGCUGGAGCUUAUGCAGAAGCAGGAGUUGGACGAGCUCGAGCUGAAUUCAGCAUUUAUGAAGCAGAAGCUAAAGGCCCCAAUGCAUCAGCUAUAGCUUUAGCCAGUACAGCUCUAACAGCAUCAGCGAUGGCUCGAGCUGAAAUCGGCAGUGUUUCAGCUAGUGCUGGUCCAGUCGGUGUGAAACUGGGACUUGGAGUCGACACCGGUGUAUCUGUUGGUGUGGAUGGCCUAGAGGUCAAACUCCUGGGAUUUGGAUUCAAGUUUGGUCCAAGAACCAGUAUUUCUCUCCUGGGAUCAGAAGUGUCAUGUUCAAUCAUGUAGACAUACAGGUGGCUUUUAGUAGAUUCAGUAGACGUCUGGAUUCAACCUUUGUGAAGAUUAAUGGACAACAACAAUUGCAGAAGAUGACGACUAAUGAUGCUAACAACCUCUAUACCUACUAUAAAUCCUAUUCUAUGUUCUUUUCAUUAUAUAU